AUGUCUUACCGUCGCGACUUGACCGACUACACUGGCUUGAGCAACGAGGCUGACCAGAAAAAGCCCAUACAACCGCCAAACAUAGCUAGCCUUGCGGCCCAGGCCCUUGAAGCCUUUGAGAGAUGCCUUCAUUUAUCCGCCUCUUAUUCUCGAAACGUUGCUUUCCGCUUCGGCCAACAUCUCACAUGCUUUGAGCUUUGGAUACUCGAGGCUGGUGUCUUCUCUCCAGGGCGAGCUUGUCUAGACCACGCAAUCAGACGAGCAGGGCUUUUGCACGAGGGUAUCUGCCGUGCUCUGAAGAAUCUAAUCCAGAGAAUUCAAGAUUCUUCAUCUAUCCUGGAAAAAACAACAAACUCUCGACAAGAAAACUCUACAGAGAAUGACCUAAACGACGCUAUCAAAGCUAUAGCCAAGGUCAUGGAGUCGCUCUACGAACCCAUCGAAUCAGGCCAGGCUAAAGAAAUCUCUAGGCGCACUUGGUACUCCACAGACGCAAAACGAUUCCCCUUACGAGAUGAUAACAAUAAUGAUGAGGAGCCACGGCUACGGAAACUAUAUCUCGACUUUAUCCGGGGUCGGUUUCCCAAUAUCAAGGACUAUCUUCCACAGCGCCUUGCUGAAUAUAUGGUCUUACAGCGGAAAAGAACUAUAGUUAGGAGGUACUAUCACAGAGCUCAUCCGCUAAGGGUCGAACAUAUAGUACCGCGGCCCAAGAUUGUACGCCCACAGUUUCUCCGCCACUCGCCAGAGCCGUCGGGUGAGGAAUCGGAGGUGGAAUCAGAGGUACCUCUCGCCAAAGGGAUCACACCAUCUCAGGCCGCAAAGGCCGCCGAAUUAGCCGCCGAAAUGUACAGACAAGACUCGGACUCGACGCCUUCGGCUUUUUCGGCUACGCAGACGUUUGCUCUAAGCAAGCAUGAGGACCUUGUCUUUCCACCCGCCCCGAAUGCUAUGGCUAAACAAGUAUAUGGAGAACUAAAAAAGCGACGAAAGAAGACUCUCAAAGAACGCCUGACUAAAAUCCCCGGCUUUGCAGAUUAUGAGAAAUACAAGCGGCAGCCUUUCAAGGCCCAUGCUAGAUCAGCGUCAUCACUCGCAAAGAUUCACCGCAGGGUUACCAAGGAGAAGAAGAAAUUCAGAGCCUGCCUCAAGCGGGAUUGGAUAUGCUGCAAUGUGAAAGUCGGAGAAGUGGUCUGCCCCUUUUGCCUCCAUGUGCUUCCCGCCCUCUCCGUAUCCGAUGACGAGAGAUGGAAGGCCCAUAUUACAAGUGACCUCGAAAUGUACGUUUGCCUGUUCGACAAGUGUGAAACACCAACGGAACCGUACUAUGAUAGCGACUCAUGGUUCCUUCACAUGCGCGAUGGCCGUCGCUCGCAAAAUCACGACGCACAGGACUCCAUUGCUCAGGGAGAGUGCCCAAUAUGCGGCGCUAAUCAGUUUGAAGAUGGCUUAGAAUGCCACAUCGCGGGUCAUUUGAAGUUCCUCGCGCUCAAGGCCUUGCCACUGCCACCCGGAUACAACGGACCGCAGGGUUUUGAAGCUGCAAAUAAUACAGAGACGCAUGCCCUGCCGGUUGUGGAAGAUUCCAUCGACGGCUCAGCUUGCAGUGAUGAUGGCGACGGUGAAGUGUCGCCAAGCCCGUACGCACCAUGGUGA